UGAAGCAGUUAAAAAUAAGGAUAAAGAUAAACCUGAAUCUCAGUGUCAAAAGCAAGACAGUAAAGAACUCACUCGACGUUCAGAACGUCCGCAUAUGCCCACGGAGAAAAUGCUUGCUUAUCAGAAAGAUGAAUGCUGUAAGAAAGAAAAAAGAUUAAACACUUUGUAUGAGCAAUGGAAGAUAGAAGCUCGUAAAGCAAGACAGAGCUUAAAAACUGACAUAACUGAUAAACAGCUGGCUGAAAUGGCUGACUCUAUUGAGGACAAAAAAAAUAAUAUUUUGAAACUCUUCAGUGACAUAAGGGAACAUGUUACACCUACUGCAGAUUUAAGACGUAAAAUUGAUGCAUGUGAAGCUGUGACCAAUGACAUAAUCAAAAUAGUGCUUGAAAGAAUGGCAUUUGUAGAUGGCGAAUUUGAUGCAGAAAGAGAAAGGGGCAGGCUGCGUGAACUUUUAGCACAUAGUUAUGCUCGCUCUAUAUAUGGUUCCAGUGCUUCAAAAACAAGUGUCAGUAGCCAUUCCAGAUCCUCUAGUGCAACAAGCAAACGUGCAGAUGCUGCAGCAGAACUGGCUGCAAAAGAGGCUGAAUAUAAGAUGAUGCAAACAGAAAGGCAACAAAAGGAAAAAAUAAGAACUUUAGAAGAGCAACUCAGAAGAGAGUUAGAAACUCAAAAGUUUGAACUGGAACGGCUGCAGGUGGAAAAGGAUAUAGAGGUUGCUCGAGCCAGAAUAAAAUCCUAUGAUGAAGAAAUAAAACAAGAGACAAGAAGUCAGUCAAUACCGAAUGAUCAUCAAGGGCAGAGAAAUGAAAUGUUACAUCAUUGCAGUGUUGUUCAGUCAACACCUCUCAGUGAAGUGUCCCAUCUUGCUCAGGCAGUUCAGGACAGCAUAGCCAUCAACAGGUUACCCAUACCCGAGCCUUCAGUGUUCAAUGGAGACCCAAUUCAGUUUGUGGACUGGAAAGCCUCAUUUAUGUCACUUAUAGAUAGAAAAGGCAUCUCUGCAGCUGAUAAACUCUAUUAUUUGAAAAAGUAUGUCAGUGGCUCAGCACACAAAUAUCUUGAAGGCACCUUUUAUCGUAAUGAUGAAGAAGCGUACAAAGAUGCUUGGAACAAGCUUAACCAAAGAUACGGGCAGCCAUUUGUCAUUCAAAGAGCAUUCCGUGAAAAGCUGUCAAAGUGGCCAAGAAUACCAUCCAAAGAUGCAGAAGGCCUGAGAACAUUUUCAGACUUCUUAAAUGCCUGCCUGCAAGCCAUACCUCAUGUUAAAGGCCUGGAAAUAUUAAACGACUGUGAAGAGAAUCAAAAGCUGGUACAGAAACUUCCUGACUGGGCAGCCUCCAGGUGGAACCGCCAAGUCACAACAUCACUUAUGGAUGGCAAGGAAUUUCCAAGCUUUCAAGACUUUGUAAAAUUCAUGUCAACUGAAGCAGAAAUAGUGUGUAAUCCUAUCACUUCUCUACAUGCUCUUCAUUCACGCGAGUCACCUCAUGAGAGAAGAAUCUCAAAUGAAACCAAAAGAAACAAGGCGAUUGUCUUCAAAACACAAACAACAGAAAACAGUGACAAACAGACAAUGGCUAAAGGACAGUUAAAAACACCAUGCAUGUUGUGUCAAGAUGACAGCCAUCCACUCUGUAAGUGCCCAGAAUUCAUGGUAAAGUCUCUGAAAGACAGAAGGUCCUAUGUCAAAGACAACAAACUCUGUUUUGGGUGUAUGAAACCAGGUCACUGUGCUAAGGAUUGUCGGCAUCGCCACACAUGUGAUGUAUGCAAACUGCGACAUCCCACAUGUCUUCAUGACUACAACUAUGAGAAUAACGGAAACAGAAAGCAACCAACGGUAAGCAUGGAGCAUGCACGUGAGAGUGAGAUUACAGAUGCCAUAUCGCUUAAUAUCACAAGACAAGGUCGUUCAGUCAUUACAUCCAUGAUUGUACCUGUGUGGGUGUCAUCCAUCAAAAAUCCAUCCAAUGAACAGCUUGUCUAUGCUUUGUUAGACACUCAGAGUGACACCACUUUCAUUGAUGAAGAAGUGAGUAAUACACUGCAAGUGGAUUCUCAGCCAAUAAAACUCAAACUUACCACCAUGAUGGGAGAUAGUAUGAUAAUUAAAAGUAAAAGAGUGUCUGAUCUUCGUGUGAGAGGGUACAAUUCAUCAGUACAUAUCAAUCUGCCUCCAGUAUACACCAAGGAGUGUAUUCCUGUCAAUCGUGAUCACAUACCAACGCAGGAAACGGCAAAGAACUGGAGUCACUUGAAGGUAAUCACAGACGAAAUGUCACCUCUUCUCAGCUGUGAAGUAGGUUUACUUAUUGGCUACAACUGCCACAGAGUGCUAGCUCCCAGGCAAGUUAUACUAGGAAAAGAUGAUGAACCUUAUGCUAUUCUAACUGACUUAGGAUGGAGUGUUGUGGGCUGCUCCACACCAGGUAUCAACGGAUCAACAUCAGUCAGUCUGUGUCACAGAAUAGCCACAAAGGAGAUUCCAGCUUUGACACCUAUGGAUGCCAUCCGUGUACUCGAGUCGGACUUUAAGGAUGUCACAGCAGAUGAAAAGACAAUUUCUCAGGAUGAUAUUGUGUUCCUAGACAAACUCAAAGAAGGUAUAAAGAAAAAUGCUCAAGGACAUUAUGAAAUGCCUCUUCCGUUCAAACAACGGCCAUACUUACCUGAUAACAGAGAGCUUGCCAAGGUCAGACUCAAUCAUUUGAACAAGAAAUUCUGUAGAAACGAGAAAUAUAAGACAGACUACAUUGCUUACAUGAAUGACAUCAUUGAAAGAGGUGAUGUAGAAACAGUGAAUGAUGAUGGAACUGUUGGCGAAAAGUGGUACAUACCUCAUCAUGGCAUCUACCAUCCAAAAAAGCCAGACAAGCUACGUGUCGUUUUUGAUUGUUCCGCAAAAUUCAAAGGCACAAGUCUCAACGAACAUUUGUUACCAGGACCAGACAUGAUAAACAAUCUCACCGGAGUCCUUGUUAGGUUCAGAAGGCAUCCUAUAGCUGUAAUAUGUGACAUCGAAAAAAUGUUUCACCAGUUUCAUGUCCAGGAAAAUGACCGAGAUUACCUGCGCUUCUUAUGGUGGAAAAACGGAGACACAAAUUCAGCGCUUCAAGAUUAUCGGAUGAAAGUGCAUCUUUUCGGCGCGGUUUCUUCGCCUGGUUGCGCAAACUAUGGACUAAGAUAUCUAGCCAGUGAGCAUAGUCAAUCAUACCCAUUAGCCGCUCAGUUCAUCUUAAGAGACUUCUAUGUUGAUGAUGGAGUCACAAGUGUAGAGACGGUGGAAAAGGCCAUUCAGCUGGCAAAGGAAGCACGAGAGUUGUGCAUAAAGGGAAGUCUUCGACUUCACAAGUUUGUGUCAAAUGACAACACUGUUCUGCAGAGCAUACCAGCAUCAGAACGUGCUGUAAACUUUGAAACAAAGGAUCUUACCUUCAAUGACAUGCCACUUGAAAGAGCGCUGGGAAUUCAUUGGAACAUACAGAGUGAUAGCUUCCAAUUCCAUAUCCCACUAAAAGGUCAACCUACAACACGUCGUGGCAUAUUGUCAACGGUUGCCUCCAUAUAUGAUCCUUUGGGCUUUGUAGCUCCCUAUGUUCUCAAUGGUAAGAGGAUCCUACAGGAAAUGUGUCACCAGGGUACAGGCUGGGAUGAUCCACUUUCCCUUGCUCUUAGCCCAUGGUGGGAGAAAUGGCAGAAUGACUUUGUCAAUCUGGAAAAGGUGGACAUAUCACGAUGCUAUGUGCCUGCUGAUUUCGGUAAAAUUGUAAAAACGGAAAUACAUCAUUUCUCUGAUGCAAGUACCUGUGGUUAUGGUCAGUGUUCUUAUCUGAGAGUAAUCAAUGAGAAGGAUGAGAUUCAUUGCACUUUCCUCAUUGGCAAAGCCCGGGUUACUCCUGUAAAGAUUACUACAAUUCCAAGGUUAGAGUUGACGGCAGCAGUGGUAUCAGUCCAAAUGAGCAAUAUGCUCAGAGAAGAGCUUGACCUCACCAAUGUCAAUGAAUUCUUUUGGACUGACUCAAAGGUGGUCUUGGGUUACAUCAAUAACGACGCCCGUCGUUUUCAUACGUUUGUAUCCAACAGAGUCCAAAAAAUACGCCAAAGCACAGCACCCAAACAAUGGCUAUACGUCCCAACAGAUGAUAACCCAGCAGACAAUGCUUCAAGAGGAAGAACAAUAAAUGAAUUGCUCUCGUCCAACUGGUUCUCAGGUCCUUCAUUCCUGUGGAAGAAAGAAAUAGAGACCUCAAAUGUUGUACCGGAGCUUCCAAUAGGAGAUCCAGAAGUUAAAAAGAUCCAGACGUUUCAAACAGAAACCACAGAAAGUAAAGAUCUUGUAGACCAUUUGUCAAAGUUCUCAUCUUGGUCUAAUGCUGUCAAAGCUAUUGCACGCCUUGUGAGACGGAUUAAGAAGGAUAAAACUAAUGCGCCAGCUUCUGUAGGUGAACAGGAACAUGCAAAAGGCUUGAUUCUAAAAGGAGUUCAAAAACAAGCAUAUCAGAAAGAAAUGGAUGUCCUGAGUCAAGGAAAACAACUUCCAGGUUAUAAUAAACUUCAUCACCUGGACGCCUUCAUAGACCUUCAUGGUAUGAUCAAGGUGGGAGGAAGACUUAUCCACUCAUCAUGCACUCACUCGUUCAAGCACCCACUGAUCCUUCCUAAAGAUCAUCAUGUAACAAAGUUGAUUAUUGCACACUAUCAUGAAAGUGUAAAGCAUCAAGGAAAGGGUUUCACAAUUAAUGCAAUCAGAUCUUCCGGCUAUUGGAUACCUGGAAUAAACAGAGCUGUCACAUCUUACAUUCGCAACUGUGUACCUUGUAGAAGGUUGAGAAAACCUGUGGAAGGCCAGCGGAUGAGUGAUCUUCCCACAGAACGUGUAGAGCCUUCCCCACCGUUUGUGUAUUGUGGUAUGGAUUGCUUUGGUCCAUUCAUGACUAAAGAAGGAAGAAAACAGCACAAAAGGUAUGGUCUGCUUCUAACUUGCUUUUGUUCAAGAGCCAUUCAUAUAGAAAUGUUAGAAGAUAUGUCCACAGAUGCUUUCAUCAGCAGUUUGCGAUGCUUUAUUGCAAUUCGAGGCACAGUACGGCAGAUCAGAUGUGACCAAGGUACCAAUUUCGUUGGCGCAAAAAACGAACUGAACUCAGCAUUACAGCAGCUUGACCCAGAAAGGCUCACCGCUUUCCUUGCAGAUAAACAGUGUGAUUUUGUAAUGAAUCCCCCUCAUUCCAGUCAUGCAGGUGGUGUAUGGGAGCGUCAAAUCAAAACUGUACGGAGUGUUCUUAAUGCUACAGUUUCCCUCUCAUCAGGCAGGCUUAACGAUGCUUCACUGCGCACUUUAUUUUAUGAAGCCAUGGCGAUAGUCAACAGUCGCCCCCUUACAGUGGAUAACCUGAACGACCCCAAGAGCUUAGAACCACUCACACCUAACCAUCUGAUUACCAUGAAAGCCACCACGGUCCUACCACCACCAGGAAAGUUCAUAAGAGAAGACAUCUACGGGAGAAAGAGAUGGAGACAGGUGCAGUACCUUACUGAACAGUUUUGGAGUAGAUGGAAAAAAAGAGUAUCUCCACAACAUUACGGCUAGACAAUGCUGGCAUGCUCCAAAAAGGAAUUUGCAGAUUGGUGAUGUGGUCAUGGAUACAGAUGAGAACCUUCCAAGAAAUGAGUGGAGACUAGGACGGGUCAUAGACACUGUAACUAGCCAAGAUGGACUAGUAAGGAAAGUCACAAUAGCACUCGGUGACAAAAAACUAAACAAAAAAGGAGAACGGGUAAACAAGGUCUCAGUCGUAGAGAGACCAGCUCAGAAGUUGGUCUUAUUAUUGGAAGCGGAGUGAACAAAUCUUCAAAAGGACUUUGCUUUACACACAUGCACACAAAAUGGUUAUUAUAAGUUAAAAUUACUUAUGUUUGAAAAUUAUGCAUGUCAAAAUAACAUUUAUAAUUUGGUGGGAGUGUAACAGACUUUCUGUGAGUUUAAAUGGGUUUAAGAAAUGCAUUAUCUGUCUUACUAAAGAGGGACUUUUAUUUUGACGGGUGUUGUAGUCUACA